AUGGCAGAUGAAAGAGCAGAAACUGUCGUGAAAUUCAGGAGAACCUCUUCAUCAAUAGAAGCCCUAAAGAAAAGCAUCUCCUCUGUUUUGGUGCAUUUCUAUCCUCUGGCUGGCCGGUUGAAGAAGGGUGAAUCUGGCAGAAUGGUGGUUGAUUGCAACGACGAAGGAGUAGAAUUUACUGAAGCUUUAAUCAAUACAUCCUUAAAGGACUUGGAAAGAGAUGGGUUUCCCCGUCAGCCCUAUUUCGAAAAGCUUGUUAACGAGGUCGCUCCUUCUGCUGAAGAAAAUCACUUUGGACCGCUUUUGUCAAUACAGGUUACAACAUUUGAGGGAGAUGGCAUAUGCAUUGGAACGACCCUUCAUCACGUUAUAGCCGAUGGAAAUUCGUUCUGGCAUUUCAUGACAUCUUGGGCAGAGUGUAGCAGAGGAAACCCCAUUUCCAAACAACCACAUCUUGACAGAACAGUUGUGAGACGAGGAAAGAAGAGCCCCUUGUCCAUUUCUUACAAAGCCCAUGAAAUAGUAAGCAAUGAGAUCACAGGAGCCAAGAUUUUCAAGCUUGUAGCUGACGAUUCAGAGCAGUUAAAACAAUCUGGUAGCGGGUAUGUGGAAAAGCCCAAAGAGACUCUUGAGAAAAGGGUGGAUCCCAGUAUGAAAACAGAAGUUAUAUACUCAACGUUUUGCUUUACAGAAGAGAUAAUACAAGAUUUGAAACAACAAAGCGGGGCUUCGAGUUCUUUUGUUGCAGUGGCUGCACAGUUUUGGAGAUGUGUAAUGAGAGCUCGCGAGGUGCCACCGGAAGAAACAGUUUUUUUCGUAUUGCUAGCUGAUUGUAGGGGUCGUGUAAAGCCGCCUCUACUUCCAACUUAUUUUGGAAACUGCUUAUAUGCGGGUUUGGCGCAGACUACAGCAAACAUACUCAUUGAUUCCCCCAUCUCAUUCGCCGCGGAUGUUAUCCAGCAAGUGAUCAAUUCUUGCUAUGAAGAAGAACAGAUAGAUCAUCUGAUUGACUGGGCGGAACUUCCAAACAGAAAUUUUAUAGAUUUAGUUAGAGAAGCCGGCUGGGAAUACGGAACAAACGCAAUAAGUUCUCCAAGAUUUCCAUUGUACGACAUAGAUUAUGGAUGGGGGAAGCCUUCAGACGUGCAGACCGCUACUAUGAACGAAAUUGGGGCCAUGUUUUUGUCAUGUGGAAAGGAUGGAGGUAAAAGUAUUUUGGUCUCCCCCUGCCUUCCUCAACACAAGAUGAACCUCUUACAUCGCCUUCUCUUCGUUGUAGAAGAGUGA